AUGGCAAUCUUUCGGUUCUCGCUUGCUUAUUUUCCGGCAAGCGUCCUUGGAUUUUCUUCUCCUGUCUCUGUCCGCAGCAGUCAGAGCAUGAGAAGUAGUAGUGUCACCAGCAGUGCCUUCCAGCGACUUUCCUUUUCUUCGUCCAAUCGCAGGACUCUUGCUGCUACUUCAGUGGAGCAAGAAGGGAUUCCAGAAGUAUUGCUACAUCCAGAGCAACUUGGUGAAAUCCCACUUCCCAAGGCAUUGUCACCCAGUGCGGUACUUCAGUUCAAGAAUUGUCCGCAAAGCUUUUUGCUUCAGUAUCUAUACAAGAUCAGACAACCAAAAACUACAGCACUUGCCAAAGGUUCCAUGUGUCACGAAGCCUUGGAAAAGGUCUUUGAUUUGGAACCAGAAGAUCGCAAUUUGGAGAAUCUUCAAAACUUGUUGCGAAAGAGUUGGGGAGAAUCGCGGUUCGGCAAGGAUUACAAGGACUUGUUUGAUGAUGAGGAAGGAGAAAGGGACAUUCAAGCUGAAAAGGAAUGGGGAGAGUCGGCUCUAGAACUACUCCAGAACUAUUACAAGGUAGAAGACCCCAGAGGCAUUGUGAGGCCGAAUCCAUUGCGGCGUGAAAUAUGGUUGCAUUCCCACUUGGCACUCGAUCCAUCGUUGGGUAUCACUUCUCCAUCUCAUGAUCCGAGUGUCAAUAUCAAAAAAAGUGAUACCUUUUACGUCCGAGGCAUUGUCGAUCGCAUAGAUAUGGUCCGAUUGCCGGAAACGAAUCAAGUUGUCUUGAGGAUUGUGGAUUAUAAAACGGGCAAGGCUCCCAACCUCAAGUACUCUCGAACCACCAACGAAAGGAUUGUAGAGGAGGCCUUUUAUCAGCUAAAGAUAUACGCCCUCCUUUUGCGAGAAAAAGGAGGAGGAAAGUCACAACCCAAAGGCAUGGACUUGAGAUUUCUGCAGCUAUUCUACCUCAACUCGGAGUCGGGAGAAGCCAAAAUUUGGGAAUACGACUUGGGGGAAACUGAAGAGGAACGAGAUUUAGAGCUAAAUGAAGUUCAUCAAGAUUUGGUGAAUGUCUGGAAUGCAAUUGUUCGUUUGGUAAAGCAACAAGAUCCCAUGGCAUUUAUUGGUUGCGAAAAAUCCUUUUGUUUUUGCCACGAGGGCCGGGACAAAUUCGAGGAUGGUACCUUGUGGAAACCAAAUCCAUAG